AUGGCACGCUCUAUUCCUACCACCGACUGGCAGCGAUUGUCAGAGACGAAAGAACCCAGCGUCGAUUUUGAAUUACACUAUGGACUCUCUUCUAGGAGCGUGAGAGGUGUAUUAGAUGAAAUCCUUUCGGAUAUGGCCCGUCAUACGCCUAUUCACAACUGGGAUGACAAACUCAUUACCAAGCCUCUUGAGACGUUGGCCAGAGUGGUGCGAAGCUAUCUCAGUACCCAUAAUUUCAUGUUGAACACCUUACUAGGCUAUACAAGCGUAGAAGAGGUCCUGACUGUCAGCGGGACCAAUCAUGUCCGACCCGCUAUGCAGGGGGCGAACGACAUAGACCAAAUAGAGAGUCAUCUAUUCUUCGGCAAGAGACCAUCCAAUAUGGAUAGCCACUCAACACCUAGCCCUCAGAAGUACGGCAUGUCAUCUUGUCCUUUCGGAGUUGGCCCUACGAGCGAAGACGAUUCCAAUCUGUUGGGCUUUGGCCAAGGCCGAAUUGUAUAUAUCACUGAGCAAGUCUCGCAUCUCAACAGAGCUACUCUUUUAAUUGUAUACGCUUUCUGUAUUCGUCUACAGUACGAAGAUUGCGGCUAUAUUGGCGCUUUCAUCGAGAGGCAUCUUAGCCUGCGAUGUAUUUUAAAAAUUCCGUACCAUUGGCAACAAUCCUCUCCUCUAGAAUUAAAUUCUUCACAACAAAGAUGCUACAAGAGAGUCACAAUCUCUUUUCAUAUUACUUAUCUAAAACUGGACUCCAAUGAAGUCGACGAUAGAAAAGAUAUAUUCGAUAGAGAUUCUCUAUUUCCUUAUCUCCGCAAACCAGGAGUGGAGAAUCCUAAUGGACUAUAUCUUUUCAAAGCGUCGUCUUCGAUACUGCUCACCCUUGCUAUCCCGGAAGAGUCAGAGUCCCAUGAAGAAGAAAUCAGUCUAUUGCAAUGUCCCCAAGCUCUGUGGACAGUUCUUGUGAUUAACUCUCUGCAACGAUUUGCCUCCGACCACAGUCCCGCACAGCACUCCACGCCGAUUGCUCAAUUUAUUCGUGGCAUUACGUCGUCACUAUGCACGCAGAGGAUAAACGCGCAAUACAUAUACGACGCUCUUAGGAACGAACUCAAAACUUGUGAUGAUGGAAGUCUCUUCGAUGAUGAGCAUUUUACCAAAUCGACCUUGUACCACUUCGCCAUUAAAGCGUGCGACGAGCUGGAGGCAUCAAUUUCUUCAAGUCUCAGAUUCGUGCAGAAAACACGAGAUAGCUAUGUCACCCAACUAUGCCGUGAAGCCCAUGCUCAUGAGAGGCUUGGGAUAGAUCAUUGGUCACAAAAAAUGGAAGAAGAAAUUUCGGCACUGGAAGACUUGCAGGCGCAGAUUCACGCAGUAGGUUCACAGGCGCAAGAGAGCCGUAAUGCUCUGAGCGGAAUUACUGCAGUUCUGGAAGCCCGGAUGGCCUUGCAACAAGGAAAUCGUAUGAAAACUUUAGCAUACCUUGCAACGAUAUACUUACCAUUAACUGCUGCUUCGUCAGUGUACAGCAUUAGCGUCCUCCCUGAAUCGGCGUCGUUCGCAUCCUUCUUGAUCUUCUUAGCAAUAUUGCUUCUAUUUACCACACUUCUUGGACUGAAACUGUCGACGCUGUCGACGCUUCUCGCAACGAUUGCCCCUGUCUUUCGAAAAUCGACACUUGAGAGCUCUUGGCGAGAUCUUUUGCCGGCGCUACCUCCAUGGAUGGAAAAUUACAUCAAGUUGUAUAUGUCUCUUCUCGACCGCACUAGCAGCCGCGGCUUCUGGGACUUCCUUGGCGAAUCAUCCCAACCACCAACAACAGCAUUGGGCUGGGAGUUACUUUACUUUCUCUACCAACUCAUACUAUUCGCUAUUCGAAUCCUUCCAGCUCUUUUGUUGCGCUACUGCUUAGUUCCGGAGAUUCUCUAUCCUAGAUACCAGUGGUUUCUCUUUCAGUACAGGCACAAUCGAUAUAUGACCAUCAAGUACCACCCAAUUCUUUUCAUCAUAGAUAUUAUCCGGUUUGCUCUUAUACCAGUCUGGAUUGUUUUGGCUGCUUGCAUUAUCUGUUUUUUUGUCCUACUGGACGUUUUUCUCUUGGGUCCCAAACUAUUUGUGGCAUAUAUUCAGAGUACUGCAACCUAG